AUGGCGGGCUCCUCGACGGCCACGCAGGCCCCCACAGCCAAAUCUAGAGUGAAUGGAUCAGCGAAGAAGGACGAGAAGGAUACCUGGGAAGCCAAGGAGCACGACUUCUUCUGGACGUAUACCGAGGAGCCGCACCGCACGCGUCGCCUCGCCAUCAUCAAGGCGCAUCCCGAGGUCACGAAGCUCUGCGGCCCUGAGCCCCUCACGAAAUAUGUCGUUGCUGGCGUCGUUGGCAUCCAAGUUCUCAUGGCCUACCUCCUCCGCGACACGUCCAUUCUGAACUGGAAGUUCCUAGCGACCGCCUAUGUCGUUGGCGCGACCGCAAACCAGAACCUCUUCCUCGCCAUCCACGAGAUUUCUCACAACUUGGCCUUCCGAUCCCCCUUGGCAAACCGAAUCCUUGCCAUCUUCGCCAACUUGCCAAUUGGCGUUCCCUACAGCGCUUCGUUCCGCCCCUACCACCUAACUCACCACAAGUCCCUUGGCGUCGAUGGUCUCGACACCGACCUCCCCACCGCCUUCGAGGCCAUUUUCCUUGAUUCCGUCCUCGGCAAGGCCUUCUUUGCCACCUUCCAAAUCUUCUUCUACGCCCUCCGCCCCAUGUUCAUCUACCGGGUCCCCUUCACUUGGGUCCAUUGGCUCAACAUCCUCGUCCAAGGCGCUUUCGAUUACUUCAUCUACACCACCCUUGGUGCCAACGCCGUAUCCUACUUCAUUAUGAGCUCUUUCCUUGCCGGUUCUCUGCAUCCCCUCGCCGCUCACUUCAUCGCCGAGCACUACGUGUAUGAAACCGUCACCCCCGAGCAGCGCAACCCCAACAACAACGCCCCUAUCCCUGAGACCUUCUCUUACUAUGGCCCCGCCAAUAUCCUUACCUAUAAUGUCGGCCUUCAUAACGAGCACCACGACUUCCCCGCUGUACCUUGGACUCGCCUCCACAAACUGAACGAGAUUGCUCAUGAGUUCUACGACGACCUCCCUCGGCACCAGAGCUGGACCUACGCACUAUGGAGGUUCAUCUGGGACGACAAUGUCGGCCUCCAGUGCCGUGUCAAGAGGAAGGAAGGCGGACGUAUGGUUGGCGGUGCGACUAGCUGGAAGCAGGCUGAACUUGAGUCCUAA